AUGGCACCCCGCUGCUUUAUUGUCCGCCAUGGCGAAACUGAAUGGUCCCUAAACGGCCGUCACACAGGCACAACAGACCUUCCACUCACAGCGAAUGGCGAGAAGCGUAUAAGAGCGACGGGCAAGGCGCUUGUGGGUAAUGAUCGAUUAGUCGUUCCUAAGAACCUCGUUCAUGUAUACGUCUCACCCCGCACCCGUGCCCAACGGACCCUCGAACUCCUGGAAAUCGGCUGCCGCGAACGACUUCCCUGGAAUAAAGAGCGAAAUGCCGAGGAACACGAGCCGAUUCGCACAGAGGCGAAGGUGGAAAUUACGGACGCAAUUCAGGAGUGGGAUUAUGGGGACUAUGAGGGGUUGACUAGUAAGCAGAUCCGGUCGAUCCGGGCAGAGAAGGGAGAGGGAGAUUGGAAUAUUUGGACAGAUGGAUGUCCUGGUGGAGAAUCGCCUGAGGACGUUAUGCGUCGCCUAGACGCAUUGAUCGCUGAGAUCAGGGAUAAGUAUCAGCGGGAAUGCUUCGAGAACCCGGGUUGUCUCAAGGGUGAUGUCCUUGUUGUUGGGCAUGGGCAUAUCCUUCGAGCGUUUGCGAUGCGCUGGGUAGGUAAGCCUUUGACCGAGACGUCGUUUAUCCUUGAGGCUGGGAGUGUGGGGACUCUGAGCUAUGAGCACAACAACAUCAACGAGCCGGCAAUUAUCCUGGGUGGGCAGUUCGUGGUCGAGUAA